GCGCCUUCGAACGGAACUGUGGGAACGACAACAUGGCGGGACGUUCAAAACUUCUGCUUUUUGCCCCGAUUUAUAACAAAAUACAAACUAAACGUCCCAGCCCAGCCGUGCUCACCGACCGUGUGCCGGCUCGCCAGUAGCGGACGUGUUGUCGGUAAACGCCGGCGAACAUGAGCGAAGCCCGGAGGAAGUUUGAGGCUCCGUCCCGUCCGACUGACACUCAGCGACAGUGUCCGACAACUGGCGGCUCAAAGCCCAGAUCCAACCGGCUGAGCAGGAGCUUCAGACAGACUCAGCAAACACAGGCACAGGCCGCCUCCCCCAAGACCCAGCAGCCGGAAUUCAAGACUCCGAGCCGAGUCCCGAGGUCCAGGUAUGUUGGCGGUUUCACUGCAGAGUCUCCGCACAACGAGCCGGAGUUUCACCACGACAUCGUCUGGGACGCCACGUCUCCGUCGCCCGUCAGAGCCGGUAAAAGAGGCAAAACUCGAUCUGUUAAUGCCGGUGUUGUGGACAUCGCAGAGAUCGUGAGCAGGAUCGCUCCAAAGCAUGGCAGACCUGCAGUGAUAGAGCCGACUUUGCAGCAGUGGAUCGGAGACAGCGCCACCAUUCCCUGCACUCCGGACGUACAGCUUCCCAAACCCAAGAAGAAAUCCCCAAGGCCAAACGGAGUGGACGAUCUGUUGAAGCUGGCCAAGCAGUUUGACUUAAACAUGUUUCAUCACGAUGAAGAAGAAGCUGAAGAAAUGCACCAGCAAAGUUUGGAGCUUCUCUCUGAGGAUAUUUUGGAUCUGGAGAGCGGUGAUGACUAUAAACUUCCACCUGUGCCUACUGAAACCUCUCAGCCUGCUGUUAAUACAGCGACUGUGAGAGACUCUCAGGCCAAUUUGCCCCUCGAUCUCCACAUGGAGGACGAUUUGGAUUUUCUUUUCGAUGGGCCGACCCAGCACUUAAGCGGAAAUUUAAGUCAAAUCUCGGUUGCUCCAUCGUCAAAUGCAAAACCUGCUCCUCCUCCAAUCUCCCAAGCAGCUUCUGGGAAGGAUUCUGCCCCAUUGCGUGGUCCCAUCCCAAGUUUUUCCACGAAACACAGCAAAGCUAGUGAAGUGGACAACAUCUUUGAGGAUGACUGGGGAAACGACGAUUUACUAAAUGACUCUUUACUCUUGGAGAUGACCCAAAACCCAAAGAGCUUUGCCACUCCAAAGCACUGCUCGACCCAGAGAGGAUCCAGAGAAAUACAGUAUCAGCGGAAUAACGCAGUGAAUAUUCCUGCUAAUGCUGUGCAACAUCAACCAGAGAACCGACACGUCCCGUCAGCUGUUUCUAAAGCAGCAAAGGAAAAUGUAAAACACAGAAUGACCUUCAAACUGGAGGCUAAUACUAAUUUCCCUUUCAGAGGAAUCCUGACAGAUGCAUCGGCAAUCUCCAACUCAGAUGGCAACACUUGUGCAGGACGUAAGGUCGCACAGCCGGGUCAGUCUUCAUUCAGCAAAGACCUUUCCAUCGAGAGCGGUUCUCGAUUCAACUGGAAGUCGCAUCAUUCAAACAUCAAGUCAAAUCCUCAGGAGGCGGUUUGCCCUCAAAGGACUUCUAUCCCCAACUCCAGUGCAAAAUUGAACACAUGUGCUUCUACUAGCUCAUGCACAUCAAAUGUAAAAGCUACUACAAGUUAUCCAAUGAAACCCUCUCCAACAGAGGGGAUUUCUAACCAUAAACCACCAGAGCGCAGGGAGGUACCUGCUCCCCCUGUCCCGUCAAGGAACAGCGACUUCCUGGACGAUGACUUGGACUCUUUCUUCAUGUCGGACUCGGGCUGGAGCGACCAGGAGGAUGACGACCUGCUUUGUGAAAUGUGUGAAGACAUGGAGAGCCAAGUCCAGAGUGUCGAGAACUAUUCCUCCAAGAAUACCCCGCUGCCAAUUGGACAUCCAGUAAACCAGAGACCAGCGCUGGCACCCUCGAGUAGAGUGUGGGACAGCAGGAAUCAGCAAACCCAAGUCAAGAUGGAACCGUUCAAACACGUCCCAACCAAUCCACAGUCCUCUGGAGGAGGUGGCACCUGUGGUCCGUCUUUUUCCAAAAACCUAACACCUGCAUCUCUGCUGCCCGGUUCAAGUCGACCAGCUGGACAGUCAUUUGCUGGGACUUACGCCUCUAAAGGCACGGCACAUUUACAGAGCAAUACAGGGAAGGAGUCACACAAACACACACAAGCCAGCAGCACAUCUCGCAUUGGCACCUUGACCAAUCAACAAUGGAGUGCCAUCCAAUCAGCAGCUGCAUCGUCGCUUGGAAACACUGCCAAACAUCAGAAUCAGUUUACCUUUAAGAGAUCACACAACCCAGUUACCACGGUGACCAACAAAGGUUUUCCUGCAGCGCCGACGGGGAAGUGUUCUGCGGCCGAGAUCGAGCUGAAGAAGCAGCAGGCGAUGGAGAGACGGCGCCUGCGGAUUCAGGCGAACCAGAACCUCAGAGCCCCGACCUGAACGGGAAAAGACCAACGUGAUUCAAACUGAACGAAGCCGCCAGCGAUGCCUCACCGAGGCCGGUAACGUUAGCGCUCAUCUCGACUCCGGCUGCUGGUGUUUUUAUCACGGCUCCUCGUCGUCUGCCGCUCUGCAGCCGCACCAGAAUAACUCUGAAGGUCUGAUUACUUUUUUUUUAAUUAUUAUUGUACAAAUGUGAUCUGUAAAUUUUAACAGUGUGCUUUGUCUGAUUUAAAUAGUAGCUAACGUUAGCAAAAUGCUUUUUACAACAUAAUGGACAAUUGACUGGUUUCUACUCUUGUAAAAAUAAACUGUACAUACAUGUGA